GCAAAAUGUUGCAGGGCAGGCAUAGGCCUAAAUCCAGAACUUGAUUCUACUUGAAUCCGAAGUUAAGGCAAAGUUUAUGAACCCGGUGGCCUUGUGUUUGGCAGAUUCAAACUUCACACCACAAUCUCUAUGCAGAAAAGACGUUGCUGUACUAGUUGCACUGAAGUGGAAGAGAGCCACUCUGAGUAACUUCCUUGUUUGAGCUGGGAAUGUAUUAAGAUCUGCUGUUACGGCUUCUCUUACUCCAUGCCAGAGACAGAGGAGCCGUGAAAUCAUGUAGCACACGUUCUUGAGGAAAUGAGACAACGUUAGAAAGUCAGAUGUGAUCAUAUUGGCCUUUGUGAAGAACUGAAAGUUGAAAAUGGAUGAAAAGAGUCCCGAACAACAGGGGACCGGGUUGCAAGAUGUUUUUAGGAUCCUGACAAGGGUGCCAGAGGAACGACUGGUGAGCCUGACAUUCCAGCUGGGUGAAACCCCGGAAGAGGUUAUCGUGCACGCCUUGUGUCUCAUCUUGCUCCAGAAAGGAACGCAGGCCCUGAACAAACUCCAGACUCUCAAGGACAGCUACCUUGCUAACCAUCUGGCUGAAAAAUGGCGCACAAGCAAAAAGCUGGAAGACUUCCAAGUUAUAUGUGGCCAUUUUCAAGAGUUUACAGUAAAACUGUUGGCAGAAUUGGCCAGAAUUUUCAAGGUAUUGUCUGAGCAGAGGCUGUGUGAGCCACUUCUGAGAAACUUGGCGUAUCAGAGAGCUCUUUCCAUUGAUAACGACAAAACAAAUGACGGUACACAUCUAGAAUACACAUCUACAGAUGAGCUGAGAGAAGAGGCUAAAGUUGUGUGCGGGCCUCAGUUUGCAGAGUGGAUGUCUUCCUUCAAGGAACUUCGAUUAGGGUCUGACCAUGAUCCUCACAGUGGCCUGAACAACGGGAACUCAGCUUUAAAACUGUCGGCAUCCCAGGAUCAGUCGGAGAGUGCUCACAGUCUGCCGAGCUCGUUACAGGCUAGCUCCUCUAUAGCCUCAUAUCCUACCCACUUAGAGAUAAGUUUAGCGUCAACAACCACAUGUCAAGAGGACAAAAGCGGUCCAGCAACGUCAGGUCAAACCCAUCCAUGUUCUGCCCUCCCCCUUGUUAGCGAAUCUGUCAUUAAAAAUGAUUCAGGGCGAUCUAAUUCAUCUAAGGAGUCCAUUUUGUCUACAGAACAGAGACAUUCAAAGAUGGACACUUGUGGCCGUACAACAUUGCCAGCAGAGUCCAGGAGGCUUGAAUCCAGUGAACCCAUUUUGUUUAAAGAAGGGAGAGAGUCAAAGACGGGCAGUCAAGGCCCUGCAGGAUUAGCAGCAGAGUACAGGAGGUUGGACCGUCAUGUUGCCCAGAAUGUUCAGGACCAAACCGCAGUGAAAACCACUGAGCUAAAAUCGGCAGCACCUACUGCAGCAAACACUUGUCUCCCUAAGAUAAAUGAUCCAAAAGAGAUGCAUGAAAGGGAAGGCACAGAAGAGGAGGAAGAGGCGACAUUUUACUCAUUUGUUAUCCUGCACGCACAAGAGGAUGCAGAAAUGGCUGAGCGCAUGAGGGAGAAACUGGAGUCUAUCAUCGGUGCUGAAGGGGCAACUUUCUCCGGGGACUUUGAAAUCCCCGGGAAGAGGACCCUAAUGUGUGUAGAGGAUGCUAUCAAUAACUCAGCCUUUACCAUUCUGCUGCUCACCCGCAACUUCCACACCCGUCUGCUCGAGGUGGAAACAGACUCUGCCCUCAUCAACUCCAUAAAUAAGAAACACAAGUACAACACUGUCAUCCCCCUGCUGCCACAGGAGAACUGCAUGUCCAGGCACAGCAUGCCCAUAAUUCUGCAGACAGUUGUUCCACUAGUGGAGAACAAGACCUUCGACAAGAGAAUAAAAAAGGCCUUAUCUCCAAAAGCAAUUGAAUCUCAGAGGAAGGUGUGGGCUGAGGAGCAGAAGGUGAAAGAGCAGAUUAGGCGACAGGAAAGACUGAAACUACAAAACAAGAAUGACGAGCAGUUCAUACGUGAGAUGCGGAAAGUGAAGAUGCUCGAGCAUGAGAGACAGAGACUUUUCCUGCAACAACUUAAUGUGCGCGGUUCCCCAAACAUUCCCGGUUUUCCUUAUUCCUGCAUGGGACCUGAGUCACCACAACAGGUUGGUGAGGAUGGGCGAGUUUGGUGGCCACAGUCCAACAUUCAUAUUGAAAAUGCUAAGUACAUCAUGAUUGGUAAUGACUCUCAAAUGACUGUGGAACUGGGUGGAGUUGUCGACAAAGAUGGGAUAGUUUACAAUGAGGACAGUUAAAACAAUUGUGCUUUUUUAGUUAUUUCAUUACUUUAGGCUGUAAUUACUGUAUAAAAAAUUAGAGCAACAGUCCAAACACUAAAAUGUCACAGCUGGCACAAAGGUACCAAUUUGCUGCAAACUGUUUCAAAGUAAUAUAUAAAGCACUUAAUGGUAGCAAUUUCAAUAAAUGUACUGUUAUAAAAUGAGGUAAUCAAGCAGUAUAAUAUGCAACUCAUUUGAACAGACAAGCCUUUUCAGCGGGGAUUAAAUCUUUUACUGCUGCUGAACAUUUGCGGUGAAUAUUUAGUUGAGGACUGCCAUCUACUGACCAAUAAGAUGAUGUGUGCUUCCUGACCUCACUGGCUGCAUGAACCCACUACAGACACUAGGGGGCAAUGCUGACACAUGAUCCUGAUUGCAGUCCACAGGAUCUGGUGAAGAGCAGUGUCACAAAAUCAUCUGUACUGUCAACUGAUGACUAUGAGGUUUAGAUUGUUUAGGUUUAGGUUGUAUUUCACACAAAGCUGUAAUUUCUAUGGGUGCAUUCAUUGUGCAAAUUACAGUUGUGAUAAUGUAGUGUAACAGUGAUUUCUUAUCCAUAUCAUGAAGGGUAAAUAGUUCUCUUUCCUGCAGUUGAAAAAUAUCUCAAAACUAUUUUAUUUUCCUCUGACUUUGACUGUGUCACCUCAUUUGGACCACUGCAACUCUCUUUACUGUCUCUAGUAAUGUAGAUUGAUAAAAUUGCUGUACUUUUUUCUUAUUUAUUUCUUAUCCCCUCAUUUUUUAACUACUGGUUUGUGUCAUUUGCCUUUAUUUUUCUCCUUAUCUGGUGUUCUCAGAGUCACUUUGUAAUUUUGAUU